AGCAUCGCCACCACUCCUGCACGGAGCCUCGCCUGGCCGAGCACUGCACCGUGCACACGUCGGGAUUGCACAAAAUUCCUGAGAAAUAUACCUGCUAUUUAUGGCAUGUGGCUGAUAACAUUACUCCUGCUGUAUUCUUUUAAAGAAGUGAACAGUGAGGAUGUGGUCUCGACACGGCUGUACUUUGUGAACGCCUCCCUGCAGAGAGUGACCUUCUCCAGCUCAGUGGGGGUGUCCCUGCCCUGCCCAGCAGGUGGCGCCCCCCAUGCAGUCCUCCGCUGGUACCUGGCUACCGGCGAUGACAUCUACGAUGUGCCCCACAUCCGCCAUGUCCAUGCCAAUGGCACGCUGCAGCUCUACCCCUUCUCUCCAUCUGCCUUCAACAGCUUCAUCCAUGACAAUGACUACUUCUGCACUGCAGAGAACCAGGCUGGCAAGAUCCGCAGCCCCAGCAUCCGUGUCAAAGCAGUGUUCAGGGAGCCAUACACGGUUCGUGUGGCCGAUCAGCGGUCCAUGCGGGGCAACGUGGCUGUCUUCAAGUGCCUCAUUCCUUCAGCCGUGCAGGAGUAUGUCAGUGUGGUCUCCUGGGAAAAGGACACCGUUGCCAUUGUGCCAGGUAACCGAUUCUUCUUGACAUCAUAUGGGGCCCUGUAUAUAUCAGACGUUCAGAAAGAAGAUGCGCUUUCUACAUACCGAUGCAUUACCAAACACAAAUACAGUGGAGAGACCCGACAGAGCAAUGGUGCUCGUCUCUCUGUAUUGGAUCCAACCGAGUCUACACCCUCAGUGAUGGACAGCUUCCAAUCAGGUGAAGUGCAGGUGGGUCGCAGCGUGGAACUGCCAUGCAUUGCCUCAGGCUUCCCCAAUCCCACUAUCCGUUGGCUGAAGGAUGGCAGGCCACUUCCGGCUGACGCGCGCUGGACCAGACGUCUCACAGGCCUUACCAUCAGUGAUCUACGCAUGGAGGAUUCAGGAAACUACAUCUGUGAAGUCACCAAUAGCUUUGGCUCCAAGGAGGUCACAGGAUACCUCAAUGUGAUAGAGCCACUAAGGGUCACUGUCUCCCCUAAAAACUUGAAGACAGGUAUCAGCAGUACAGUGAUCCUGUCGUGUGCUGUUCAAGGUUCCCCUCAUUUUACAGUGUCUUGGUUUCGGAACACAGAGCCUGUACUUCCUGACCAGCACUUCUCCAUUCAGGGCACCAACAACGAGACACUGUUCAUCACUGCUGCCCAAAAAAGACACUCAGGUGCAUACCAGUGCUUUGACCGCAAGGGUCAAACUGCCCAGGAUUUCUCCAUUAUUUUGCUGGAAGAUGGCACACCGAGGAUUGUCUCAUCCUUUAGUGAACGUGUGGUGGCACCACGAGAACCCUUCUCCCUAAUGUGUGCAGCCAAAGGUGCCCCUCCUCCCACCAUCACUUGGACGCUGGAUGACGAGCCAAUCGCUCGGGACUCGGCGCACCAGGCCAGCCAGUACACGCUCUCGGACGGAUCCACUGUAUCGCAUGUGAACGUCAGCAACCCACAGAUCCGCGAUGGGGGCGUGUACCGCUGCGCUGCACGCAACUCGGCCGGUAGCGCCGAGUACCAAGCGCGCAUAAACGUAAGAGGGGCCCCAAGUAUCAGGGCCAUGCGCAAUAUUACAGCCGUGGCUGGGCGCAACACCUUCAUCAAUUGCCGUGUGAUAGGCUACCCAUACUACUCCAUCAAGUGGUACAAAGAUGGCAUGCUGUUGCCAGACAACCAUCGGCAGGUGGUAUAUGAGAAUGGUACACUCAAGCUCAGUGAUGUGCAGAAAGGAAUGGAUGAGGGAGCGUACCUGUGCAGUGUACUCAUCCAACCCCAGCUCUCUAUCAGCCAGACCGUCUAUGUCACUGUCAAAGUUCCCCCUCUCAUUCAGCCUUUUGACUUCCCCCCUACAUCAAUUGGUAAACUGAUGUACAUAGCUUGUGUAGUUUCGUCUGGGGACAUGCCCAUCCGUAUUACAUGGCGCAAAGAUGGUCAGGAGAUUGUGUCUGGCACCUCUGGUGUCACCAUUGAAACCAAGGAGUUCAUGAGCUCACUGCAGAUCUCCAAAGUUUCCCUGAAGCACAACGGCAACUACACUUGCAUCGCCAGCAAUGACGCAGCUACUGUCAGCUCUGAAAGGCAGCUAAUAGUAACCGUCCCUCCUCGUUUCCGAGUUCAGCCUAAUAAUCAGGAUGGGAUCUAUGGGAAGUCUGGGGUUUUGAACUGCUCUGUAGAUGGUUACCCCCCUCCUAAAGUCAUGUGGAAACAUGCCAAAGGUAUUGGAAACCCACAGCAAUACCAUCCAGUUCCUCUGACUGGUCGCAUCCAGAUUAUGCCCAAUGGUUCUCUGCUGAUCAGACAUGUUUUGGAGGAGGAUCGGGGCUACUAUUUGUGCCAGGCCAGCAAUGGUGUGGGCUCAGAUAUUAGCAAGAGCAUGAUGUUGACAGUCAAAAUUCCGGCCAUGAUCACAUCCCAUCCUAACACAACUAUGGCUAUAAAAGGACAGAAUAAAGAACUAAACUGCACUGCCCGGGGUGAGUACCCUAUUAUCAUUCGCUGGGAACGUGGGGACACUGUCAUCGACCCCGACCGCAACCCUCGUUACUCAAUCACCACUAGCCCCAACGAGAAGAGUGAUGAGGUGAUUUCCACAUUGAAGCUGAAGCCAGCUGAGCGUGGUGACUCUGUGUUCUUCUCAUGUCAUGCAAUCAACUCCUAUGGCGAGGGUCGUGGCCUCAUCCAGUUGACGGUGCAAGAGCCCCCUGAUCCUCCGGAGUUAGAAGUGCGUGAAGUCAAAGAUCGCAGUAUGAACCUAAGAUGGACUCAGAGGUUUGAUGGGAACAGCAUCAUUACCAGUUACGACAUUGAAUACAAAAACAAAUCUGAUCCAUGGGAAUUGAAGCAUGCUACCCGCAAAAUUUCCCCAACCAAUAACCAGGCCAACAUAGUGGAGCUGCAUCCGGCUUCUGUCUACAGCAUUCGUAUGUACUCGUACAACAAAAUUGGCCGUAGUCAGGCCAGCAAAGAGCUCACGAUCAGCACAGAGGAAGCAUCUCCUGAUGGACCACCCAUGGACGUCAUUCUACAGCCUAUGACAUCACAGAGCAUUCGUGUUACGUGGAAGGCUCCCAAGAAGGAGCUCCAGAAUGGUGUAAUCCGUGGCUAUCAGAUUGGCUACAGAGAGAAUGGGCCAGGCAGUAACGGCCAGUACAGUAUAGUGGAGAUGAAGGCGACUGGUGAUAGUGAGGUGUAUACACUGGAUAACCUGAAGAAAUUUGCCCAGUAUGGAGUGGUUGUUCAAGCCUUCAAUCGUGCUGGAACAGGUCCAUCCAGUUCUGAGAUCAAUGCAACCACACUAGAGGAUGUGCCAAGCCAGCCACCUCAGAAUGUGCGGGCCAUCACAGUGACAUCGGAUGAGGCAGUGAUUACAUGGGCAGAGCCUCCACGUAUGACCUUAAAUGGAGUCCUCAAAGGAUAUCGUGUGGUGUUCUGGUCACUCUUUCCUGAUGGAGAAUGGGGUGAGAUGCAGAACAUUACUACUGUACGUGAGCAAGUGGAGUUAAAAGGCUUAGAAAAGUUCACAAACUACAGUGUCCAAGUGUUGGCCUAUACGCAGGCAGGGGAUGGUGUCCGCAGUAAUGUUCUCUACAUACAAACAAGAGAGGACUACCCUGGCCCCCCAGCAGGUAUCAAAGCUGUCCCCUCCUCUGCCAGCAGUGUUGUGGUGUCCUGGCUCCCUCCGAACAAGCCAAAUGGCAUCAUCAGGAAAUACACCAUUUACUGCUCCAGCCCUGGAUCAGCCCAACCAGCUCCCAGUGAAUAUGAGGCAAAUCCAGAAGUGCUAUUUUACCGCAUCACCCACCUGAAUCAAGGACAGCAGUACCUUAUCUGGGCAGCAGCUGUUACCACUGCCGGCCGAGGGAACAUCAGCGAGAAGGUCACUGUUGAGCCUGCUUUAAAAGCUCCUGCCAAGAUACUUUCUUUUGGAGGUACAGUUACCACUCCAUGGAUGAAAGAGGUACGACUUCCAUGUAGUUCAGUUGGAGAGCCGACUCCCACAAUUAAAUGGACCAAAGACAGUGAGAAUACUGCUAUUCCCGUCUCUCAGGAUGGCCAGAGAAACAUUUUAACAAAUGGGACACUGUUGCUGCGAUCAGUAAAAGCAGAGGAUUCUGGGUACUACACCUGCACAGCCACCAACACACUAGGAUUCGAUACCAUAAUUGUGAACCUUCUAGUGCAAGUCCCUCCAGAUCAGCCACGUUUAACAGUAUCCACUACCUCAACCUCCUCUAUUACUUUGGCCUGGAUCCCUGGAGACAAUGGAGGAAGCUCUAUCAGAGGCUUUGUACUGCAGUACUCUGUGGAUAAUACAGAAGAAUGGAGAGAUGUGUUUAUAAGCUCCACUGAGCGCUCCUUCAAGCUGGAUAGCCUCCGAUGUGGAACCUGGUAUAAGGUCAAGCUAGCUGCCAAGAACAGUGUUGGAGCUGGUAGGAUAAGUGAAAUAAUUGAGGCAAAGACUCAUGGCAGAGAGCCACAGUUCAACAAGGACCAGCCCCUAUUCACCCAUAUCAACUCCACCCAUGCUCGUCUCAACCUGCAGGGCUGGAGCAGCGGUGGCUGCCCCAUCAACGCUGUGCUGCUUGAUUUCCGACCCAAAGGAACCUAUGCCUGGCAAAGCGUGCGCACUAAUGGCACAAUCGAUGUCUUCCUGGCUGAGUUGCGUGAAGCCACCUGGUACGAGUUGAAGAUGAAGGCCUGCAACAGCGCUGGCUGUGGCAACCAGACAUCCCAGUUUGCCACACUAGACUACGAUGGCAGUACCAUUCCCCCAAUCAAAUCUGCUCGUGGGGAAGGUGAUGAUGUAAAGAAGCUAUUCUCCAUUGGCUGUCCUGUCAUUCUACUUACACUGGGCAUGGCCCUCCUUUUUAUCAUUCGAAAGAAACGCAAAGAGAAGAGGCUGAAGAGACUUCGAGAUGCUAAAAGUUUGGCAGAAAUGUUAAUCAGUAAGAACAAUCGCAGUUUUGACACCCCAGUGAAGGGCCCACCCCAAGGGCCACGGCUGCACAUAGAUAUACCACGUGUACAACUGCUCAUUGAAGAUAAGGAGGGCAUCAAGCAAAUUGGUGAGGACAAAGCUACUAUUCCUGUAACAGACACUGAGUUUAGCCAAUCAGUAAACCCCCAGAGCUUCUGCACAGGUGUCUCUGUGCAUCAUCCUGCCCUUAUUCAGAACACUGGCCCCUUAAUUGACAUGUCUGAUAUCAGACCAGGAACCAAUCCAGUGUCAAGGAAAAGUGUAAAGUCAGCUCACAGUACAAGGAACCGUUACUCAAGCCAGUGGACCUUGACAAAGUGCCAGGCAUCCACACCUGCACGCACCCUGACCUCUGAUUGGCGUACCGUUGGCUCCCAGCAUGGUAUCACUGUAACAGAGAGUGACAGUUAUAGUGCAAGUCUGUCACAGGACACAGACAAGGGCCGUAACAGCAUGGUUUCAACAGAAAGCGCUUCCUCUACGUAUGAGGAACUGGCUCGUGCUUACGAGCACGCAAAACUGGAAGAGCACUUGCAGCAUGCUAAGUUUGAGAUCACAGAGUGCUUCAUUUCAGACAGUUCUUCUGACCAGAUGACCACAGGUACCAAUGAAAAUGCUGAUAGCAUGACAUCAAUGAGCACACCAUCUGAGCCAGGCAUUUGCCGCUUCACGGCAUCUCCACCAAAACCACAGGACUAUGAUCGUGGCAAGAAUGUAGCGGUGCCAAUCCCACACCGUGCGAACAAGAGUGAGUACUGUAAUCUUCCCCUUUAUAUGAAGACAGAGCCAUUCUUCCGCAAACAAGCUGAGCUGCAUGACCCAUGCCCAGUGGUGCCACCACGUGAAGCUUCUAUUCGAAGUUUGGCGGCUCGUGCCUACCAUACACAAGGCCGCCACAUGACAUUAGACCCAUCCAAACAACAGGCCCUGACGCUCAGCCAUGGUGGCUUAAGUAGCCUAACCAGCUCAGGAGCAUCAGGGCCAGCCUCCAGCACUACCACAGGUGGCUCCAGCAUCAGUUCGGGCACAUCCACAUUGCCCCAGAGGACUCUUACUAUGCCCAGCUCCUCCUCCACCUCCUCAGCUGGCCAAAGCACUGGAGCUGCUGGAGCCGCCGCUGGUGCUGUGGCCAGUUCUUCUUCCACAGGGGGAGGUGGUGUGAGCAGCAGCUCCAAGGUUGGUGGUUCAAGAGACUCUCUUCUUGAGAGCAGCUCAUCUGGAUUGGGCAGACUGCAGAAGCAGAGUGCUGGGGCAUAUUCAAAGUCCUACACACUGGUGUAGGUGCAGUUCUCAAUUAUACACAUAAAAAACAUAUUAAUUGCAUACAUUGAGAUACAUUUAGUGUCUGCCUGGCACAAGGUGGUAAAUGAACUGUGCACUGUCUGGACUUAUCCACCACAGGAGUCUCUUUCUUACUCUCCCUCUUGUUCUUUCAUUUUCUCCCUUCUCCUAGUUCCACCCUAAUCUAUUUUUUUCUAUUAGUUCCUUCCCCCUUCUUUGUCACUAAAUAUAUUUCUCCUUUGGCCAUCUGUCUUCAAUUUUACUAUGCCAAACCCAUAUAUUUUCUUUUAAUCUUUUGUUAAUUUUAUUUCUUUUUCGACUGAAGACACAUUGGACCUUAUGCACAAAUUACAUUUUAUGUGCACUUGUUAAUUUGACUACCCAAGUGUAGGAAAAAAAUCAAUGGUUAUAAAUUAUAUAUUGUUUCACACUUAUAUGUCUAGAUGUUUUAAGGAGAUAAAUAUGUUUCUUUUUAUGUCUCUUGCAAAAGAAUAAGCAUAUUACGAUGUGUUAUGCUUAUGCAUAAAAGAAAAGCAGGCUUGGUGUCUUUUUUCCCUUCCUAGUCAGGCUGGUCUGGACAAGUCCGUGAUUGUGGCGUAUGCUGAUAACAAAGUUAAGUAUUUGGAUUUUUUUUUCCAUACAGCUAAUGAACACAGUAAAAAAGUGUUAAUGACUAUUUUAAAAACAAACCUGGAGCCAUUUCACGGAGGAUGGAUUCCCCCACCCCCAUUAUUUAUUUAUUUAUUUAUUUAUUUUACAUUUCUAGACUUUUCUCAGGCCUUCGCAUGUGGGUCUGUCUGAGUGUGCAUGUGUGUUUAUAUAUGUAAGUAUAUAUGUACACAUGUUUAGGCACACACCAUCAGAAGGCUCAAACAUUUGGGUUGGAUCUUUGGGGAAAGAAGAAAGAAAACAGGGUUGUAAAGUUUUUUUCCCUGUAUUCUGCUUUGCAUCAGAAUUAAGUUAUAGCACUUACUAUCAAGAGGUUGACAGAGCUACUAUACAGGAAAAUUAAUUAAGAUUUGCAGUGCUUAUUUGUGUCCAGAGUUAAUAGCUUUUUUUUUGUUUGUUUUUUUGUCCCACCUGUUUCCCAACACUAUGUAUUUCUUAAUUAUGACUAUGUAAGAAUUGCUUCUGUUUUAAUGUUUUCUGUGCUUGAUUCACACUCCACCUUAAAUAUCUCACAGCUUUUUAUGAAUGGACAGAGCAUAGGAGUGUCAAGAAUUGAAGAAUGAGGGUUCAGAAAUAGUGAGAAUGGAAAGAUAUCUACUGGUACCAAUGAGUUUUUCUGCAGUUAGUACUUUUUUGUCACUCCACCAGAGGGCAGUAUUGGCCGAUGUCUGCAGUUAUACACUAUUGUUAGUGUAGGGAUGAAUGCAGUGAAGAGUAGAGGAAAACUGUAAAGAAAUAAGUGGCAAUGUUUCUGUCUUAUUUUUAAAUACCAACCAAACAAUGCACAUGUUUCUCACUGCACAAGAUUAAAUGAACCAAUAUAACAAAUAAAAAAUAUAUCAACUAACUAAUUAACAAGCAUUAGCUGAUAGGCAUGUGGAGCUGAAAAUGUACUAGUAAAUGUACUGGUUUAUUUACUGGUUCAAAAUACAGCAGUUGAAUUACCAAGUGCAUGCAAAACACAAUCUACAUUCAAAUUGUUAAAUAAAAAAUUAAAUAACCAUAUAAAUAAUUAGUUUUAACACAUUUUGUGCAUUAGAUCCAGCAUUAAUUCUUUUUUUUUUUUAUUAUUGGAUCAAAUACAUAAAUAGCAGCUCUACAGCUCUGCCCUCAGUUUGCACCCCACUGUCAGUUUAGUAGCUCACACAUACAAAAAAUGUAUCCUGGAACCCAAAAUACACCUUAUGUCCAGUUCAACUAUCUGCAGAUGGGUCAGUUCAGGGUCAAAUCGUGUUCCCACUGCAAUUGUAACUGUUGUGUUGUUAUUACCCACAAUAAGGGACAAAAAAUAUCAUUAGUUCCAUGGUCUCCCUCCCUUUUUUACUACUGAGUCCCAAAGACAAUGUUCAAAAUUUUAAUGUUCAAAAUUUCAAUUCUAGAAAACUAUUCACUGACAUCAAUAGACAGAACAUUACAUCAGGGCUUCUGCAAUAUAGAAAUUAAAAAUUAAAAUAUAUUACAAUGUUUCUUCUCAAAAUAUCUAUCUAUCUAUA